CAAAAUGAUAUAAAAAUUAAACAUUGUAGAUUGACUAUUAAAUUUUAAGUAGUGAGAAAAAGUGACUUUAUAACGCUACAAUGGAAAAAAUUAAAGAUACCACAGAGUGUUGCUCAGCACGGAAUGUUUUAUGGUAUUUAGUUUUUACUGGAUUCGCUGUUAAUUAUAUGAUAAGGAUUAACUUGAACAUUGCUUUAGUUUCCAUGAUAUCAGCGAGGCCAAAGGAUAACAUUACAAUUACGAGCGAAUGUCUCGUGGACACCUUAAGCAUUGAGCCCACAAACAUCACAUACAAUAUUACAGAGAAGUCUUUAAAGGACGAUAUUGUUACAACAGUCCUCUCCACAUUUAACACCACUGAACAGGAAUUAAGCAACAAUGAAGAAAUCAAUCUUGCCCAAGAUGAAUCGAACAAAUUUGAUUGGGAUGUUAAGCUCCAAUCCAAAAUCCUCGGUAGUUUUUUCUGGGUUCACUGGCUUACACAGAUACCCGGAGGUAUUAUGGCCGGAAAAUACGGCACAAAAUUGGUGUUCGGAGUGUCAAAUUUCUUAGGAGUUGUGUUGUGUUUUGCCAUUCCGUGGAGUGCUCAUUAUGGUGCAUAUUAUCUUAUUGUCAUACGGGUACUUCAGGGAUUAUUUACCGGUGCGUCAUGGCCUGCAAUGCAUAACAUGACUGCCAGAUGGAUUCCUCCAAAUGAAAGAAGCAAAUUCGUAACAGCGUAUUUAGGCAGUUCGGUUGGUGCAGCCCUCACAUACCCCAUGUGCGGAUUCAUAAUAGACAGGUGGGGGUGGGAAAGUGUUUUCUACGUUUGUGGAGUGUUGGGAACCGCUUGGUAUGCAUCCUGGUGGCUCCUUGUGUACGACAGUCCCGCCGAACAUCCCAGGAUAACCGAAGAUGAAAAGGAAUAUAUUAUGAGCAAUUUAGGAGAGAGUUACGCCAAAAAGAGGCCGCCGAUCCCGUGGAAAAAUAUCCUAACGAACGGCACAGUUAUAAUGAAUGUUAUUGCACAAUUCGGGGGAGUUUGGGGAUUAUUUGCGCUAAUGACGCACUCGCCAACCUAUUUCAAGUUUAUUCACGGAUGGAAUAUUAGAGCCACGGGACUUCUAUCCGGAAUGCCGCAUAUGUUUAGGAUGCUCUGGGCAUUCAUUAUAUCUCAGCUUGGCGAUUAUUUACUAAGGACAAACAAAAUGAGUCGAACCAAUGUGCGGAAGUUAGCCACCGCUAUUUGUACCAUGGGCCAGGGAGUUUUCAUGCUAGGACUGGCUUAUUCCGGUUGUAAUUACACCGCCGCCAUCGUAUUUGUUACUGCCGCCGUCGCUAUGCAUGGUGCGGUUUCCACCGGACCAUUAGCCAGUGUAGUGGAUAUCAGCCCUAAUUAUGCCAGUGUGAUACUGGGUAUAAUCAAUACCGUGGUGGCGUCUGUGGGAUUUAUGACACCAAUUUUAGCAGGGUAUUUAACAUACAAUAAUCAAACCGUCGUUCAAUAUCAAAAAUUCUUCUGGGUGGCCACCAUCUUACUCUUUGGAAGCGGCAUCCUCUAUACUUUGUUUUCUAAUUCGGAAUUACAGCCGUGGAAUUCACCACAGAGUGAAAACGACAAACCGGAAGAGGAAUUAAUGGUAAUUAAAUCAAAGAAAACAGAGAAAGAGGAAGACAAUCAAAUAACGAAAAACUACGAAGUAACUUCAGUUAUUUACACAAAUGAUACAGAUACAGAUAAAUGAAUAUAAUUAAUUUCAAAUUAUAACUUGUAAAUGUAGUAAAAUUUUAAGGAAAUUGUCACAACAACUGAAUUUAAUUUAUUUCUUGUUCACAUGCAUUUUGUACAAAACAUAAAUAUACAAUUAAAUAUAACAUUUCCACAUUUAA